AUGUGUACCUUUCCUAAUGAGGUACCACCUGAAUAUUUUUCGCCGCUGGAGCCGUCAGGGGUCCGGGUAGAUCGCAUGCAACGCCCCGAGUUGAUGCUGGGAACAGUUGAAUAUAUGGUACCUAAAGAAUAUUGGGGAAACGUUCCUGUAGGGCUACGAUGGCUAUUUCUGAUCGACGUUUCACAAGAAUCAGUAACUCGAGGAUUUUUAGAGGCUUCUUGCGAGGGAAUAAUUGGAGCCCUGUAUGGAGGUAGUAGCGAUGACCAAGAAACACAAGACCAAAAUACACGACCCGGAAAACUCCCUGCAGGGUCAAAAGUUGGAAUAAUUACUUUUGAUAAAGAAGUACACUUUUAUAACCUCUGCUCUCGCCUCGAACAAGCUCAAAUGAUUGUGAUGACCGAUCUUAACGAUCCUUUCCUUCCUCUGAGUGAAGGCCUGUUUGUUGAUCCUUAUGAAUCCAAGCAUGUCAUCUCAUCACUAUUAACACAAAUACCAACAUUAUUUUCACAUAUUAAAAACCCAGAACCAGCGCUAUUACCUGCCAUAAAUGCCGCCUUGUCCGCACUGGAGCAAACUGGUGGUAAAAUGAUUUGCACGCUAGCAAGCUUACCAACAUGGGGUCCCGGCCGACUAUUUAUGAGGGAUGAUGGCAAGGGAUCGGGCACUGAUGCCGAAAAGAAGCUUCUCACCACCGAUCACCCUAGUUGGAAAAAGACUGCAAAUAAACUAUCUGAGAGUGGAGUCGGAAUUGACUUUUUCUUAGCCUCAUGUGGCGGUGCUUAUAUGGACGUAGCUACGAUCGGCCACGUGGCUGCAGUUUCUGGCGGAGAGACCUUCCUAUAUCCCAACUUCCAUUCUCCUCGCGAUGUCCUGAAGCUGUCAAAUGAGCUUUCCCAUGCUGUAAACAGGGAAACCGGUUACCAAGCUUUGCUAAAAGUCCGAUGCUCCAAUGGACUUCAAGUCUCAUCGUAUCAUGGUAACUACGUUCAGCACACUUUUGGCUCAGACCUGCAAUUGGGCAGUAUAGAUGCAGACAAGGCCUUUGGUGUUGUUUUCACGUAUGACGGAAAGCUUGAUACGAAGCUAGAUGCUCAUUUCCAAGCUGCGCUCCUGUACACCACUGCUAGCGGAAGAAGUAACGCUAAUACCGGGUACAAAGCUGCCUCGAAAGUGCCUGAUAAGUCACACAAAGAUAUCCGAGCCGGGUUAACUGAGAGGACUAUCAAUAUCCUUGCGGGCUACCGAAAGAAUUUCUCUCUGUCACAUCCUCCCGGACAGCUUGUUUUGCCAGAGAAUAUGAAGGAGUUUGCCAUGUAUAUACUAAGUUUGAUAAAAUGUCGUGCUUUCAAAGCUGGCCAUGAGACUUCCGAUCGUCGGGUCCAUGACACGCGUAUGCUUCGUUCAUUCGGUUGUAAUGAACUUGCUCUUUAUUUAUAUCCUCAUAUUAUUCCAAUUCAUAAUUUACGCCCAGAAGACGGCUUCGCCAAUGAGCAGGACCAACUUCAAGUUCCUCCAGCACUCCGAGCAUCCUUUUCACGCAUCGAAGAAGGAGGUGCUUACCUUGUGGAUAAUGGCCAGAUUUGUCUCCUUUGGCUUCAUGCUCAAGUUUCACCAAAUCUUCUGGAGGACCUCUUUGGCCCUGGUAAAACAACACUACAGUCUCUUGAUCCCAACAUUUCAUCCCUUCCUUUGCUGGAAACACACUUGAAUGCCCAAGUGCGGAAUAUUAUUCAAUAUCUCUCCACCAUUCGCGGCUCCAAGUCGGUAACGAUACAGCUUGCUCGGCAAGGGAUAGAUGGCUCCGAAUACGAGUUUGCGAGACUUCUUCUCGAAGAUAGAAACAACGAUGCCCAAAGUUACGUCGACUGGCUUGUGCAUAUUCACCGACAGAUCCAACUUGAACUUGGAGGUCAGCGAAAAAAGGAGGAAGGCAGUGCCGUUGCCUCAGGGGUGGAAAAUUCUUUGUCUGGAUUGAGUGGGUUUAGGCCUCCAUAUUGGUGA